GUGUGGCGCGGAGCCAUUCACUUCCGGUCGCCUGGGCUGCGUGGUCCCGGGGCCAGUGCCCGUCCUCGUUGCUCUAGUCCCGCCGGCGGAGGUCCCCCUUCUCCCCCGGGAAGUCCCCCCCCCGGAGCUGGUCGGCCUCUUUUCGCCGCCAUGUUGGUCCUGUUCGAGACGGCGGCUGGAUACGCCAUUUUCAAGGUUCUGGAUGAGAAGAAGCUCCAUGAAGUCGAUAGUUUAUGGAAAGAGUUUGAAACACCUGAAAAGGCAAAUAAAAUAGUGAAAUUAAAACACUUUGAGAAGUUUCAAGACACAACUGAAGCUCUUGCAGCAUCGACAGCGCUGGUGGAAGGCAAGAUGAGCAAAAAUUUGAAGAAGAUUUUAAAGAAGAUUGUAGCUAAAGAUGCCCAUGAACAGUUAGCUGUAGCAGAUGCCAAGCUGGGAGGCGUCAUAAAGGACAAGUUGAACUUAAGUUGUAUCCACAGUCCAAUGGUAACGGAACUGAUGAGAGGCAUCCGUUCGCAAGUGGAAGGGCUGAUUACUGGCCUUCCGUCGCGGGACAUGGCAGCUAUGUGCUUAGGACUGGCACACAGCCUCUCCCGGUACAAGCUGAAAUUCAGCCCUGACAAAGUCGAUACAAUGAUCAUCCAAGCAAUCUCUCUCCUCGAUGACCUGGACAAAGAAUUGAAUAACUACAUCAUGCGCUGUAGAGAAUGGUACGGUUGGCAUUUUCCUGAACUGGGCAAAAUUAUCACGGAUAACUUAACGUACUGCAAAUGCCUAAAGAAGAUUGGGGACAGAAGAAACUUUUCCAGUUCUGAUCUGUCAGAUGUCCUUCCUGAAGAGGUCGAAGAAGAGGUGAAAUCUGCUGCAGAAAUCUCCAUGGGGACUGAAGUGUCAGAAGAAGACAUAAGCAACAUACAGCAUCUCUGUGACCAGGUGAUCGAGAUCUCAGACUAUCGAGCGCAGCUGUAUGAUUAUCUCAAAAACAGGAUGAUGGCCAUUGCGCCUAACCUUACAGUCAUGGUGGGGGAACUCGUUGGAGCAAGACUUAUCGCUCAUGCAGGUUCUCUGUUAAAUCUGGCGAAGCAUCCAGCUUCAACGGUUCAGAUUUUGGGGGCUGAAAAGGCUCUCUUCAGAGCCCUGAAAACGAAACGCGAUACUCCCAAGUUUGGUCUGAUUUAUCACGCUUCCAUUGUGGGGCAAACGACAGCCAAAAACAAAGGAAAGAUCUCGCGGAUGUUGGCAGCCAAGACCGCCAUCGACGUUCCUUUCUGGAGCUACGACGCCCUGGGAGAGAGCACUUUCAAAGCCGAGAUAGGGGCUGAAGACAGGCUGAAAAUUAGAGAAAGCAGACUGCGGCACCUGGAGGAGAAUUUUGAGACCUCUAAGAAACGAAUAAGUGGCACAGGAAAAGCCUUGGCCCGAGCAGACAAAUAUCAGCACAAGAGUGAGGUGAAGACUUAUGACCCUUCUGGGGAAUCCACACUUCCUUUGGUGCCAAAGAAGCGCAAAAUCAAAGCAGAAGAGGAAGAGACAGAAACGCCAGUAAAAGCAAAGAAGGCUAAAGUUGCUGAAAUCAAAGAAGAGUCCGAAGAGACACAAGAGGACGAGGAACCUGUCAAGAAGAAGAAAAAGAAGAAACAAAAGGAGGAGGAGGUGGUUUUUGUGGAAGAGGUAGAAGAAGAAGAGGAACAGCCAACCACCAGCACAGUAGUAGAGAAUACAGAGAAGAAGAAGAAAAAGAAGAAGAAAAUCAAAGAGGAGGCCGAAGACGACUAAAAGAUAGAAGCUGCAGCCUCCCGAGAUGGCUUUUGUCAUAUUUUUGUUAUCCCCUGGCAUACUUGCUUAAGUAGCAAUUGUAAAAACAUAAUUUCCCCUGUGGCUAGGCAAAGCUGAUAAAUUCUGUAUACUUAAUUCAAUUCAGUCCGUCCCCUCCCCACCCCACUUUUAGUCUAAUCUCUGCUGGGGCGAUGACUUUUCUAAUACAGGUCCCUUUAUAAGGAUUCUGAAUAAAAAUGCUAUUUUUUGCAUAA